AUGGCGCGGGCUUUCGCGGAGCAUGAGGCCAAUCUGCCCGUCGGGGAUACGCUGGGACAGACCCUGAUCCCUGUGAUCAAUAAACUGCAGGAUGUGUUUGCCCAGGUGUCCCCGGAUGUGAGACUGGACCUCCCCCAAGUUGCCGUGAUCGGCAGCCAGAGCAGCGGCAAAUCCAGCGUCUUGGAGGCACUGGUCGGCCGCGAUUUCCUGCCCCGGGGGUCCAACAUCGUGACGCGGCGCCCCCUGAUCCUGCAGCUGAUAAAGAUCCCUCCCUCCCCCGCCGGCCCCGCCGGCGACUGGGGCGAGUUCCUGCACUGCCACGGCAAGCGCUUCCACGACUUUGACCGCAUCCGGCAGGAGAUCCUGGCAGAGACGGAUCGGCUGGUGGGCACCAACAAGGGUGUCAGCGACAAGCCCAUCCGCCUCAAGAUCUAUUCCUCCUCCGUCCUGACAAUGACGCUCGUGGACCUGCCCGGCAUCACGCGUGUGCCCGUGGGUGACCAGCCCAACGACAUCGAGGCGCGGGUGCGUGCCAUGGUGCUGGACUACAUCGCCGCGGAGUCGUGCAUCAUCUUGGCGGUGACCCCCGCCAACCAGGACCCGGCCGCCUCUGACGCGCUGGAGCUGGCGCGGCGCGCCGACCCCGCAGGCGCGCGCACCAUCGGCGUGCUGACCAAGCUGGACCUGAUGGACCGCGGGACCGACGCGGUGGCCGCGCUGCGCAACGAGGUGGUCCCCCUGCGCCUGGGUCACGUGGGCGUGGUCCUGCGCAGCCAGGAGGACAUCGCCAGCCGGCGCGGCAUGGCCGAGGCGCGCGCCGCGGAGCGCGCCUUCUUCGAGGCGCGGCCCACGCUGGACGGCGGGUCGGACGCGCUGCCCACCGACGAGCUGGCGGGCGGCGCGCGCCUGCGCCACGUCUUCCGCGAGGUGCUGGGCCCCGGGCUGGACGCGCUGGACCCGACCGCGGAGCUGAGCGACGCCGACGUACGCACCGCCAUCCGCAACUCCGGCGGCGUGCGCGGCGCGCUGCUCAUCCCCGAGGCGCCCUUCGAGCUGCUCACGCGACGCGCGGUGGAGCGCCUGCUGGCGCCCUGCCUGCAGUGCAAGGAGUACGUGCACGCCGAGCUGCUGCGCGCCGCCGCCGCCGCCGCGCCGCCGGACGUCGCGCGCUUCCCGGCGCUGCGCGCCGUGCUGGCCGAGGCGGUGGAGGCGUACGUGGAGCAGGGCGCGGCGCCGGCCGAGGCCAUGAUCCGCAACCUGGUGGCCUGCGAGCUGGCCUUCAUCAACACCUCCCACCCGGACUUCAUCGGCGGCAACCGCGCCAUCGCCCAGGGUGGCGGCCUGGCGCGCCCGCCGGCCACGCUGCGCGUGCCGGCCGCCAUGUCGGACCAGGAGGCGGUGCAGGUGGACGUCACGCGCCUCCUGGUCGCCUCCUACUUCAACAUCGUGCGGCGCAACAUGCAGGACCUGGUGCCCAAGGCGCUCAUGCUGUUCCUGGUCAACAACCUGCAGCGCGGCCUGCAGCAGCACCUCAUACACACCCUGUAUCGGGAGGAGCUGUUCGAGGAGCUGAUGACGGAGCGGGAGGACGUGGCGGCCAAGCGGUCGGGGUGCCUGAGCGCGCUGCGCGCGCUGCGCGCGGCCCUGGUCACACUGGAGGGCCUGCCGGGGGAGAUGGCGGGCAGGGCAGCGGCGUCGGGGCGCUGGAGCUUCAAGGCCAUGCUGGCGGAGAUUCCAACCUCGGGGUACCAGCCCUUGUUCCAGUGCCAAGUCCUGCCAGCCAUCCUCUGGCCUGGCCACUGCUCCCAACCAUAG